CACACCGGCGAAAAGCCAUACAAGUGUACAGGCUGCGAUAAAGCCUUCUGUUCAUCAGGCAUGCUGGCAGCACACUCAAAAAUUCACAAUAAGGACCAACAGCAUCAGUGUCCUUAUUGUUCAUCAAUGUUCCCGCAGUCAUCUUACCUAAAGAUUCAUAUCCGCACUCACACUGGCGAAAAGCCAUACAAGUGUACAAUCUGUGAUAAAGCCUUCUAUUCAUCAAGCAAGCUGUCAGCACACACGAAAAUUCACUAUAAGGACCAACAUUAUCAGUGUCAUCUUUGUUCAUCAAUGUUCACACACUCAUCUAACCUAAGGGUUCAUAUCCGCUCUCACACUGGCGAAAGGCCAUACAAGUGUACAGUAUGUGAUAAAGCCUUCCGUUCAUCAGGAAAUCUGGCACAACACUCGAAAAUUCACAAUAAGGACCAACAUCAUCAGUGUUCUCGCACCCACACCGGCGAGAGGCCUUACGUAUGUCAAGUCUGUGACAAAGCCUUCGAUUCAUCGCUAAAACUAGCAGAACACCAGAAAAUUCACAAUAAGGACCAACAGCAUCAGUGUCCUCAUUGUGCAUCAAUGUUUGCGCAGUUAUCUAACCUAAAGAUUCAUAUCCGCACUCACACUGGCGAAAAGCCAUACAAGUGUACAGUUUGUGAUAAAGCCUUCCAUUCAUCGGGCAAUCUGGCAGCACACUCGAAAAUUCACAAUAAGGACCAACAUUACCAGUGUCAUCUUUGUGCAUCAACGUUCGCACACUCAUCUAACCUAAGGAUUCAUAUUGGCAAACACACUGGCGAAAGGCCAUACAAGUGUACAGUUUGUGAUAAAGCUUUCUAUACAUCAGGCAAUCUGGCAGUACACUCGAAAAUUCACAAUAAGGACCAACAUUACCAGUGUCCUUAUUGUUCAUCAAUGUCCGCAAACUCAAAUAACCUAAAGAUUCAUAUCCGC